AUGGAGUUGGGUAGUAGUGCUACCAUGUCUCGAGAGCUGGUCGUCCUAGCGUUCACGUACGUGCUUGUCCACUAUCUCACAGGGGUCAUUCUCCGGAGCAAACGGGCGUCGCUGCCUUUGCCACCCUGCCCGCGGGGCUACCCGGUGGUUGGAGCGCUGCCCCUGCUGGGCCGGGCACCGCACCGAGCACUCGCAGCCCUGGCUAGGCUGCACGGCCCCAUCAUGCACCUGACCCUUGGAAGGCAAGGCCUCGUCGUCGCUUCCACGCCAGAGUCGGCGCGCCUCCUGCUCAAGGACCACGGCGGCAGCUUCCUCGACCCCCCGGUGGACGACGGCGCGCCAAAGGUGCUGGCGUACGGCGCCCAGGACCUUGUUUUCGCGCCCUAUGGCCCCAAGUGGCGCCGCCUGCUCCGGGAGUUCAGCGCGGGCCUCCUUGACCCCAAGGCGCUCGCCGACUGGGCCGACACGCGCCACGGGGAGGUCGGCCGUAUGGUCCGUGCGAUGAGCCGGCGGGGCGAGGCAUUGGAGGUACCGGAGUUUCUGUUCGGCGCAAUGGCAAACAUGAUUGGACAGGCGGUGGUGGGUCGGCGAGUGCUCGACGAGGCUGGCGGCGAGGCCACGAGGGAGUUCAAGGAGAUGGUGGUGGAGCUGAUGACCACGGCGGGGUUGGUGAACAUCGGCGACUUUGUGCCGGCAGUAGCAUGGAUGGACCUGCAGGGACUCGGCCGGAGGAUGCGGCGGCUAACAACAAGGCUGGACAGGGCCUGGAGCCGGUUGCUGUCCGAUCACGAGGUGGCCAUGGCUAACAGGAAGCAAGACGGGAGGCGCCGUACAAACCUUGUCGACCGGCUGAUCGCAUGUCGUGGCCAUGCGGAGGACGGGGGGACGGCGUCACAGACCUCAACAUCAAAGCUGUACUUAACGUACGUACUCCAUCACCUCUAG